UCUUAUUCGGUUUGAUAUCAGUGCAUUACUUGAUGAUCUGUUUGUGUAGGCUACAUCAGGAGCGUUUGUAGAAUAUACAGUCUCUAUAGCCUAUAUUUGACAGGCAGGUGCUUGUUUGCUGCGAUGGUUCGGAUGAUGGAGUCUCAGUGCGAGUAUUUCAUGUACUUCCCCGCGGUGCCAAUCUCCGACCUUUCGGACCCGGCCCGUUACAGAACCUUACCCCGGCGCAGUCACCUCUACCUCGGUGAGACGGUCCGCUUUCUCCUGGUGCUUCGGUGCAGGGACGCGUCCAGCGGAGAGACACCGACAGGGCCGGGGAUUUAUAUAGUGGGAGGCGGGGAAGAUGUUGCUGGGUUCGGCUCGGAGACCCCAAGUGUCCGGGCAUGGAGGGAGCUGGCCGGUUCUUUGUGCGCCGUUGCCAGCGUCAGCCCCGGAGAGAGCAGGCACCGGUCGCAUCAUCUCCACCACGAUUACCAGAGCAGCGGGGACGAGGGCACGGAGGAGGCCGAGGAUGAGUACGGGGCUCCGGCGUUGACAGGCAGGGUGGAUGCGAGAUGCCGGGGCUUCAGGGACUGCAGGCCGCUUCUCAUCCACAACAGCACGGGUAGUGGGGUUCGGGAGUUCCGCAGGGCGCCGUUGCAGUCUCCAUUGGACGAGCCUGUUGUGUUGACUGAUGAAGUCAUCUUUCCCCUGACCGUGUCAUUAGACAAACUUCCCGUCGACACCCUCAAAGUCAAGGUGAUGGUGACAGUGUGGAAGAGAGAGGCAGAGAAAGCAGAGGUUCAGGAACAUGGCUACCUUAGCAUCCUACAGCAGCGAAUCCCCACACACACCUUCAGACAAGACCUUAACACCUUCAAAGCACAGGUGAGUACCACUCUGACAGUGCUACCACCCCCUACUGUUCGCUGUAAGCAGAUGACUGUCUCUGGGAAGCAUCUCACUGUGCUCAAAGUAUUAAAUGAGUGUUCUCAGGAGGAGGUGACUGUGAAGGACAUCAGGAUUCUGCCAAACUUCAAUGCCUCCUACCUGCCCAUGAUGCCAGAUGGAUCUGUGAUGCUUGUCGACAACGUGUGCCACCAGUCAGGAGAGGUUGCCAUGGAGUCGUUCUGCAGGAUGGAGAGUGUAGCCUGUCGACUACCCAGCAUGCUCAGCGCCCUGGAGGAAUACGACUUCCUGUUCCAGCUGCAGCUCAGCAACAUGCCCCAGGACGACUCCAAAGAGGGUCUUGAAGUUCCUCUAGUAGCAGUGCUUCAGUGGUCAACUCCCAAGAUGCCCUUCACCAACUGCAUCUACACACACUACAGACUGCCCAGUAUCCGGUUGGACCGUCCCAGGUUUGUGAUGACUGCCAGUAGCCCCAGUACUGUGCAGACCAAGGACCACUUCAGGGUCAGAUACACUCUGCUCAACAACCUGCAAGACUUCCUGGCUGUACGUCUGGUCUGGACACCCGAGGGUCGUGGGCAGAGUGAGGAUGCAGCGUUGGGGGCUGUAGUGUGUCACUCCCCCCUCAGUAACCUGGGCCACUGUCGGAAAGGCUGCACUCUCUCCUUCACUGUCGCCUUCCAGAUACUCAAGGCAGGACUCUACGAGCUGAGUCAACAUAUGAAGCUGAAGCUGCAGUUCACAGCAUCUGUCUCCAACCCACCCCCCGACGCCCGCCCUCUCUCCCGUAAGAACAGUCCAUCCAGCCCUGCUGUAAGAGACCUACUGGAUAGACACCAGGCCAGUCUGGGACGAUCACAGAGUUUCUCUCAUCAACAACCGUCACGCUCUCACAUCAUGAGGACUGGCAGUGCGAUGGAAAGGCGAGCCAUCACCCCCCCGGUGGGCUCUCCUGUAGGUCGGCCCCUCUACCUGCCCCCCCAGGAGAAAGCUGUGCUGUCAUUGGACAAGAUUGCUAAGAGGGAGUGCAAAGUCCUGGUGCUGGACCACAUCAGCUAG